AUGCGAUACUCCACAUCCGAUCUCCUGCAAGGUGUCAGUACCAACUUCGCGACCGUCGCCAGGACCGCCGCCGCCACCGCUGCAGUGACCGCGACAAACACCACGAAGAAGACCACAAACACAAGAUCAACAGUCACCGCUUCCGUCACCUCCAACAACACAGCCGCAAAGAUGGACGCUAUCGUCUCACCAACUCUGUUCAGGAUCGUAAGCGCCGGCUAUACUAUCAUGAACAAGGCCAACUCCGCUCUCGAAUAUCGCGCCCUUGAAUACGCAUUGUACUCCUUCAUGACUGUUCGGGGCACUGUAAGUGUGAUGAGGAUCUGGAAAGGCGCAGGGACUCCACCAGGAGUCGACCGGUCCACAUGGAAGGCUAUCACUUGGCGCGUUCUUAACUGGCUUCAUAUCAUGCUCAAGACUAAUGUUGGUCUACGGAAAGAGCUGGAAGUUGCGAAGAAGCAGCAGAAGGAGUAUGAGACGAAGGAGAAAGCGAGGUCUGAUCGAGCGCGUCGAACUACACAGGUCGACGAGAUUCCAGACUUUGCGACACCUGUGCGCGAAGAGCCUACACAGACACCAGAAGUCGUCCGUAAACUACAAGAGGCACUCAAGGACACGACCGAGCGCUUGAAACGCAGCAAUGCGCUGGUCAAAGAGCUUCAGCAGUCUGCGAGCAAGCCUGCGCACCCGAGUAGGAUGUCCACCUCGUCUCACAACUCAUCAACCCCAAAGCGAGAUGCACUGGAGGAUAUGGGUCAUCAGCUUCGGGCGGCGCGGCAAGAGGCUGUGGACGCCAAGAUGGAAGCUGCUUCCAAGGACGAGCAGCUGCUGCUGGUGCGAGAAGAGGCCGAUGGCGCUAAAGCCAAAGUCGCUUCGCUACUGGCUUCUCAUGGUCAAGAGCCUCAGGCAGUACCGGAAGAGAUUGAGGCGGUUGAGGCUAAAGUCGCUUCCCUGAAGGCCGAGCUGGAAGCUGCGCGACAAGAAACGCAGACGGCUAACGUGGAACUCCUCUCAGUCAAAGAGCAAUUGGGUUGCGCGAACAACGCUAUCAAGGUCGCUGGAUCUGGCUUGGCCCAAGUGCGAGAACUCGUCGGAAAAGUCCAAGAAGAGAAGGAAGAGGCAGAGGCCAACGCAGCUUCUCUAACCAUGCAGUUGCAAGCGUCCCGAGAAGAAGAAGAGAAGGGCAGGGCCGAUGCAGCUUCGAUGGAGAGAGACUUCCAUGAGGUGCGAUUACGGCAUAGCCAGGAAGUCACCACGCUCAAAGAGCAGGUCAAAGAGUGGGAAGGCAUUGCUGCGGAGGCGAAGCAGAUCAACGAUAAUGUGCAGACCGCUCUUAACGACGAGAAUGAGGAGCUCAAAGAGCAGCUCAAGAAGGAGACUGCUCGUCGCGAGACACUGGAGAUGCAAGUGAAGAAGCUGAAGUCGCAGACCGACGGUGCGAAAGCCACAGAGAUGGCUGUCACCGCGGCGAAGUCGUUCACUCCAUCUGGGACGCAGAAGCCACCGAGCGCGAUCCCUUCCAACCAUCCUAUCGAUGACCAGCCACGUCUUGUCUCCGUCGCCAGACUCACAAGCCCAUCUACACCCCUGCCCACUACAUCCGCCCCUCCAGCCACUCCCGAUACAACCUCGACGCCAAAGUCGCACGAAGAUCUCACCAAAGACUGGAACACUAGGACGAUCACACUCCCAGCAUACAUCGAAGGCUUGGAUGCGUUGAAGCGGAAGUCUGAUGAUGAGGGCGAGACACCCAGACCGAUCAAGCAGCUUCGGCUUAGCGGCGAGACUGCAGAUGUUCCGAUCGGGAAUUUACUGACGCCUGGCGGUGGACCAGCUUUCAAGUUUGCCGUACAAGAACCAGGCGGAGAAGAACAGGGAGAAGAUGAUGAUGAUGAUGCUGCGUCUGACAUCCAAGACUUCUGGAGUUCUUUCGAAGGCGACGCAGACAACUCAGGCACUUUCACAUACGGCUUGGGCGACGAAGUUGGCACGGAGGCAGCAGCGCUUCCCGAGCAAGACGCAGCAAAGGGCGAGACCAACACUCAAGGCGAUACUCUCAUCAUUGACGGUGAUACCAUCAUCGAUGAAAGCGAUCACAGCAACGACGACCUCUAUGCCAUGCCUUCGCCGAGUCCGAAUAAGCAGCCGCCUCAGGCUACCACCGAUAUCCCCGAUAUUGACAUCCCCGAUGUCGAUAUUCCCGCCAUCGAGCUGACUCCAGCUACGAAGCGCAAGAUCAACGAUGACAACGACGAAGGUUCACCCAAGCCAUCUCAGAUUCCAAGGACUAAGGAGGACCUUGGUGAUGAGCAGACUCUGGCUUUGGAGAACAUGACUCCAAUUGCCGUUACUCGCAAGCCCGCGAUCAUUUUGACGCCUGCUACGAAGCGGCUCUUGACAGAAGAUGACGCUGAGGAGCCGCCUCGUUCAUCUCAGAUGCCACCUAGAUUGUUGCAGCGACCGCCUAGGUCAUCAAAGACGCCGAGGACCAAGCUAGACCUUGGUGAUCAACAGACUCCGACGCUGGACGAGAUGGUGACGGAGAACGUUGUUGAUGCGCCUCGUGAAGGAAAUGAGACGACUGAAGUCCGCGAUACAGCCCCAUCUUCCACUGAGAACAGGCACAUCCUCCCAGAAACACAACCUACAACCGAGGAGCCAGCAAACCCAAACAAUGACACCACAACAGCCAACACCUCCGCGACGAACGCAACCAGCACCGCUCGUCUUGCGCCCCCAGCUCCAUCCCAGGUACCCAACAACAGGAGCAGGACCACGCGCAAUGCCGGGAAGCCCGUAGGGUCUUUAAACGAGAAUGUGUUGAGUAAGAUGGCGGCGUCGCCGAUGAAAGAGAAAGAGACAGAUGAUGAGGGUGCGAAGGGACGUGGCAAGUCGCCGGCGAAGACCAGGGCAAAGUCGCCAGCGAAGACAGCAGCGAAGGCACCGGCAAAGGCACCGGACAGAUCGCGAGCGAGCAGGAGCCCGUCCAAGCCGAAAGAUGAUAGAUCUUAG